CGACCCCCCCGCCGACAGCGGCAGCGCUCGCCUUGGCUCGGCUCGGCUCCGGCUCCGGCUCCGCCAUGGAGGCGCUGCGGGCGGCGGGGCGCGCAGUGCUGCGGAGCCCGCGCCUCGCCCGGCACGGCCUGGGGCUCCGCCGGCGGCGCAAGCUUCCUGAGACCUGGGCCGAUAUGCAGGAGCCACUGCUUGAGGGAAUGUGCUUCACCCUGAAGUAUCUAGGCAUGACUCUGGUAGAAAAACCAAAAGGAGAAGACAUGGCUGCCGCUGCCAUUCGCAGGAUUGUGGCCACGGCACGGGUGGGAGCUCGCAAGUUCCAGAAGGUGAUUCUGACAGUGUCUCCGAGGGGCAUCUCUCUGCAGGAUGCAGACACAAAGGAAAUGGUGGAGAACGUCUCUAUCUACAGGAUCUCCUACUGCACAACAGACAAGCUGCAGAACAAAGUCUUCGCUUACGUUGCCCAGAGCCAGGAGAGUGGGGCACUAGAGUGCCAUGCCUUCCUCUCACCCAAGAAGAAGAUUGCACAGGCUGUGACUCUGACCGUGGCCCAGGCCUUCCAGAUGGCACUGGAUCUCUGGGAAGCAACACAUGCAGGCUCUAGGCAGGAUCAGCCCUUUCACCCUUCAUGUGUCAUGGAGAGCAGUGAGCCCGGCAGACCCCGUGAGCCAGCCCCCCAGGGGAGCCCUCCCUUCAGACACCAGUUUGGGGAGGAGGAAGAGGAGGAGGAAGAUGAUAAUGUCGGUGAAAGCUUAUCUGGCAGCAUGGAGGAGCUGGGGAGGGGAGCCCACAGCCCAGCAGGUAAGUUCCUUCCUUCAGUGCUGCAUUGGCUUGUUCCCCAACAUGUCCUCUGCAGGGGGAGGGGGUUGAUGCUCACCUGGGAAGGUCUGCUUCCCCUCCCAUGCUGUGCUGGGCUCCCAGCCUCAUGUCUCAUGGUCCGCCAUGUCUUCCUCUCUCUUUUCAGAAUUAACACCUCUUGUGCCCCCAGCGUGCUCUCCUACAGCACAGCUCCUGUGCUAUCGCCUGGGGCAGCCCCCGGACAGCUGGACAGGGCUGGCAGGGGUUGGAGACCUCCCCACCUCUGGCCCCAGGACUGCUGGCCCCAAGACUCCCCUGGGCUAAGCCAAAUCUCUGCAACAAUGGACCAGCCACUCAGGAUUCACCCUGUGCCUGCACCCGGGACAGCCAGUGCCUGCCCCUACCCUGGCACUGCCCUCCGGGCACGAGGGCUGCCGGCACUGCUGCCAUGGAGUGCCCAGGCUGUGACACUCACUCCUUGUCCUGCUCUGCCUGCAUGAACCGCCUACAGCUGCAGCUGCUCCCAGCUUGGGCUGGGGGACCUGUGCUCCUCGCUCUGCCUGCUCCCAGGCCACACAGGACCACUCUGGGUGCUCUGAGCCUGCUGGAUGCAGCCAGUGCACAUCCUCAGGGAGCAAUAGCUCUUGGCCUGGAGCAGUGUGGGGAAGGCCUUGCCCCUGCAGUUCAGCCCCACACCCUCUCAUGAGUGAAACGAGCUGGUUUUUUCAAGGAAAGCUCUGCCUUUAUAGAGAAAUAAACCAAGUUUUUUACUGUU